AGCUACAAUCCCUCGACUGGAGUGGUGUCGUUGCUGAUCAACCAAAUUGGGCCCGGCGAUGAGGGCGAGUACACAUGCAAAGCCAGAAACGCUGUUGGCGAGGCCAUCUGCUCCGUGUUCAUUCAACCAGAAGGUAUGCCUGCUCCACAGUUCCAACAGGUCAAACGGGAACAGCAAAUGCAGCAGCAGGUUAUGCAGCAGAAGCAGGUCAUAAGCCAACAGCAGCAGCAGUACACCAACGGCUACUCGCACAUCGAAGAGGAAUUCAAGGUCGAUACCUUCGAGUAUCGAUUGCUGCGGGAAGUAUCCUUCCGCGAAUCAAUCACUCGUCGCUACGGUGGCGAAACGGAUGCUCAAAUAAUCACUACCGUAGAUCGCGCUCUUGGUCCACCAGCACCUCCGCAAAUUAGUCAGAAACCGAGAAACUCGAAGCUAGUCGAAGGAUCCGAUGCUGUCUUCAGCACCAGAGUUAGCGCCAACCCGAGACCAAGACUGAGCUGGUUUAAGGAUGGUCAACGAAUUAUCCCGUCCGUCGACAAGCAUGAAAUCACUUAUUCGAACCAGCAAGCAACACUACGUAUCAAAAACGUUAACUCCAAGGAUUCCGGUCACUACACUCUACUGGCCGAAAAUCCUCAGGGUUGUCAGGUCUCGUCCGCUAUCCUGGCUAUCGAACCAGCACAGGAACAAACCACCGUUGCAACCAGCCAUGAAGUCAUCGAAUCGGCGGAAGCUACCAAAGCUCUAUCUCCAGCGUUCGUUACUCUGAUCCAAGAUCAGGAAACUACCGAGGGAAAAAUGGCUCGCUUUGAUUGCCGCGUCACUGGCCGUCCUUAUCCGGAAGUGGCCUGGUACAUCAACGGCAAGCUUGUCACUGACGACGCCACGCACAAAAUCCUCGUCAACGAGGCUGGUAACCAUUCGCUGAUGAUCACCAGCACCAACCGUUACGAUCACGGCAUUGUAACCUGCGUCGCCCGUAACAAAACCGGAGAGAUUGCUGCUCAAGCCAAACUAGUCGUAUGCGAACGCGAACAGGUCGUUGCACCGAAGUUCAUUGAACGUUUUACCACUGUCAACGUGAAGGAAGGUGAACCCGUCCGUCUAUUUGCACGUGCCAUCGGUACUCCGAUCCCACGCAUCACCUGGCAGAAGGAUGGCAUCCCUCUGCAGCCGGGACCGGACGUACAGAUCCUGUGGGACGACAAUGGUUCCACCACCGUUGACAUCCCACGAGCUAAGACGUCGGAUGCUGCUUGGUAUCAGUGUACCGCGCAAAACGUUGCCGGUACCACUGCUACCCGGGCUCGUCUCUUCGUUGAAACUCCGAAGGGACCAGCCCCAGAACAGCGCCGUCUACAACUACCACGACCAACCAAAGUCAUCCAACCAGAACCCGCACCGGAACCGGAAGUCAUCUUCUUGCGUCACGUCGAGCGAGCUGCUCCCCAUAUGCCACCGAAGGAGGAAGAUCGCAUCUAUCCACCGCCAAAGUUCACCAUCCCGCUGAACGACGUUGCUCAAGUCGAGGGUGGUAAGGUGCACUUUGAAGGCCGCAUCGAACCCGUCUCCGAUCCGACGAUGCGCGUCCAGUGGUUCCUGAAUGGAAACUUGAUUCAAGCAAGUUCCCGUGCCAACACGACGUUCCAGUUCGGCUUCGUCGCCCUGGACCUGCUGAGCAUCGUCAUGGAGGACAGCGGCGAGUACACGUGUCGUGUGUCCAGCUCGACUGGCGUGGCCGAAUCGCGUGCCAUGCUGAGCGUCCAGCCAAAGCCUCCGAUCGAGCAACAGUCGCAGCAUUCGGCAGCCCUGCAUCAGAUUCAGAACCUGGAGGACUACUCCAAGUACGUUCGUACUGAGAGUAUUGAGGAAGUGGUCAACCAGAGGCCGGCUUUCACUCGCCCACUGCAGGACUUGGGCCAGCUGGAAGAGGGAAGAAACGCUCAUUUUGAGGCUCAGAUUACCCCGGUGAGCGAUCCAACAAUGAGAGUGGAGUGGUACAAGGAUGGCCGUCCGAUUACGGCCAGCUCUAGGAUCACCGCCAUCUUCAACUUCGGAUACGUCUCCCUGAACAUCAUGCACCUACGAGCUGAAGAUGCCGGUACCUACACUGUGCGCGCCGUCAAUCGCAUCGGCGAAGCUAUCAGUACUUCUCAGAUUACGAUCGUCAGCAAGGCUGCCGUUACCGGAGAUUUGGGUAUCGCUGAGCAACAGAACUACAUCCAAAGCGUCGAACAGCUAGAACAGUACCAAAAGUACCAAAACAUGAAGUUCUACGAAGAAACUCCGGAAAGCACUCAGCGACCGGAGUUCAAGACACCCAUCUCCGACCAGCUGAACAUCCGCGAAGGAGGCUUUGCCCACUUUGAAGGUCGCCUGGAACCCGUCAGCGAUCCAACUCUUCGUGUAGAAUGGUUGAAGGAUGGUCACCCGAUCGAGGCUAGCUCGCGUAUUACCACGUUCUGUAACUUUGGCUACGUUGCUCUGACAAUUAAGCAGGUCACGAUUCAUGAUGUCGGUCACUACACUUGCCGUGCCUAUAACUCUCUGGGAGAAGCCCACAUCACCGGCAAGCUGACUGUGGUGUCCCGCCAGGACAUCAUCGUCGACUCCCAGACGAGCCACAUGGGAAUGGAGAAGAUCCAAUAUCUGGAAGAUUCGUCAAGAUAUACCCGCUCUACCCAAGAAGAGCAGCAGGUCAUUCAGACUGCUCCACGUUUCCUGGGUCCGCUGAAAGCUACCAACAAAAUCGUCGAAGGACAGCGCGCUCAUUUCGAAGCCCGCCUUGAACCACAGUCCGAUCUGACGAUGCGUGUUGAGUGGUACCACAAUGGACGUCCAGUGAUGACAGCCAACCGUAUCCAGACGUACCACGACUUCGGUUAUGUCGCUAUGGACAUCUUGGACGUUCGCGGUGAAGAUUCGGGAACCUACACGCUGGUUGCUACUAAUGCAGCUGGACAAGCCCAACUGGAUACCCAGAUGAUCGUUGAAACUCGUUCAUCUGUUGAUACCACCAGCAUGCACCACGUUGUUGAACGCACCCAGAUGAAGCAGGAAACUCAAUUCGUCGAACCGUCGUAUCAAAUCGAAGAACUGUGCAAAUCCAAGCCGAUUUUCACUCAGCCUCUGUCGGAUCCGCAACCAGUCGGAGAAGGUCGUAACAUCCACCUGGAGUGCAAACUCGAACCUCUGGGUGAUCCCACGAUGCGCGUCGAAUGGCUCCAGAACGGCCGUCCAAUCACUGUUGGAUCCCGCUUCAAGACCUAUUACGACUUCGGUUUCGUGGCUUUGGACAUUCUUCACUGCACUGCAAACGAUUCGGGAGAAUACACUGUACGCGCUACCAAUCAGCUUGGAUCGUCGCACACCUCGGCUUGUGUUCGGGUCAUUACUCGUUCGGACAUUAUCACCGAAUCGCAAAGUGAGCUGACCCAGGAGCAGCUGCAAUACCUGGAUGAUUCAUCCCGCAUGCGUCGUGACGUUUUGGAAGACAUCACCGUCAUGUCGCCGCCACAGUUCGUCCGUCCACUGCACAACAUUGAAACUUAUGAAGGUACCAACAUCCACUUGGAAUGUCGUCUGCAGCCAGUCGGUGAUCCAACAAUGCGUGUCGAUUGGUUCGUCAACGGACAACCGGUCAAAAUCGGCCAUCGCUUCCGUCCAGCUUACGAGUUCGAUUACGUAGCUUUGGAUCUGCUCGGCGUCUACCCUGUUGAUUCAGGAGUGUACACUUGCCAGGCUCGUAAUUCCCUAGGGGAAGCUGUAACUUCUUGCUCGGUUCGCAUCGUUGCUAAGAAGGACUUGAUCAUGGAGACUCAGUACCCAGCAGGUCUCGAAAAGUUACAGUUCCUGGAAGACAUCUCGCGUUACCGCAAAACCGAGUUUGUUGACGAAAUUGUCAACAUCAAGCCAAGAUUUGUUACCCGUCCUAAGAACAUCGAUCGUGCUCAAGAGGGUGGUCACGCUCACUUCGAGUGCAAGCUUGAACCAGUAACCGAUCCGAACUUGAAGGUUGAAUGGUACAAGAAUGGUCAUCCGAUCACGAUCGGUCAUCGAUUCCGUCCAAUCCAUGACUUCGGUUACGUUGCUCUGGAUAUUAUUGAUCUGAUCGCUGAAGAUAGUGGAACCUACAUGUGCCGUGCCGUCAAUUUGGUUGGCGUUGAUGAAGUCGCCGUUCAGCUGUCCUGUCGUGGCACGCAACAGAUUCUGACCACAACGCAGAACGAAAUGGGUCUUGAGCAGAUUCAGUAUCUGGAAGAGAAGUCCAAACAUCAUCGUGCUGAUCACGGCGACGACAUGCCAUCGCAGGCCCCUACUUUCACUACCUCGUUGAAGCAUAUCGAGAUCAAGGAAGGUCAGCGUGCUCACUUUGAGUGCCGCCUGAUCCCAGUCUCUGAUGCUACUCUCCGCGUUGAGUGGUACCAUAAUGAUGCCCCGGUCAAGUCUGGAUCUCGCUUCACUGAAACGAACAACUUUGGAUUUGUUGCCUUGGACAUCAUGGGAUGCUUGGCAGAAGAUUCCGGUACCUACACUUGCCGUGCUGUCAACGCCCUUGGUGAAGCUGUCACUUCAGCUACUUGCAUUGUUCAUACCCGCAAGAGCAUCUACUCCGAAUCGCAGCAUGAACAUGCUUUAUCCAGCCUGCGCUACCUGGAGGAUAUGUCUCGCUAUCAACGUGAGACGGAAGUCGAUGAAGUUAUCACUCAGGCUCCAGUCUUCACUCUUCCAGUGAAGGAUGUUAAGGUCGCUGAGAAUCAAGCCGUGCAUUUCGAGGCUCGACUGGUCCCGGUUGGUGAUCCAAAGAUGCGAGUUGAAUGGUUGCGAAAUGGAGUUCCGAUUGAGGCGUCCAACCGUAUCACCACUAUGCAUGACUUCGGAUAUGUUGCCCUGAACAUGAAAUACGUCAACCCUGAAGAUUCCGGAACUUAUACUUGCCGCGCAACCAACGAUUUGGGACAGGCUGUUACUUCCGCCAAGCUGAUGGUUCAAUCCAAGGCUGCUCUCGAUCUGGAAACUCAAAACGAGAACGCUCUGGAGAAGAUUCACCAGCUUGAAGAUGCUGUUCGGUACUCCCGUAGGGAAGAAGAGGAAUAUGUUGUUACCCAGAAGCCCAAGUUCACUACGAAGCUUCAUGGACCAACCAAUUUGGUUGAGCAACAGAGUGCUCACUACGAAUGCCGAAUUGAACCGUAUCCAGAUCCGAACUUGAAGGUUGAAUGGUUCCACAACGGACAGCCAUUGACUACUGGUCAUCGCUUCAGAACUACAUACGAUUUCGGAUUUGCCGCCCUUGAUGUACUCACCGUCUAUGCCGAAGAUUCCGGAGAAUACACUUGCCGUGCUACCAAUCAUCUUGGUUCGGAAACGUCGUCCAUCAUUUUGAACGUUACUUCCAAGUCAGGAAUCGUUCGCGACACUCAGCACGAAGGAGCUUUGGAGAAGAUCCAAUAUCUGGAAUGUGACGCACGUUACGGUCGCAAGUCAGAUGAGGAGCACUUCGUUGCCGAAAAGCCACAGUUCGGUCGUCCACUCAAGAAUGCCAGCGUAUCGGAAGGUUUGCCGGUACAUCUGGAAGCUACGCUCACACCAGUUAACGAUCCUACCAUGAAGGUCGAAUGGUACUGCAAUGGUCGCCCGAUUCAGCAGGGUCAUCGCUUCAAGACUACGUACGACUUUGGUUUCGUCGCUCUCGAUAUUCUGUACGCACACGCUGAGGACACAGGCACCUACAUGUGUAAGGCGAAGAAUGCGGUUGGGGAGGCUGUCACGACCUGCGCUGUUAAAGUCACAGCAAAUGCUGGCUUAUAUUUGGAGACUUUGGAUGAACAGCGUCUGCAGAAGAUUAAGGAACUGGAGAGCUACCAGAAACCAAAGACGCCGGAAGUGGAACCAGCUAAGCAGAAGCCUGUAUUCUUGACCCCGUUGACCAACUUGGAGAACCUAAAGGAAGGCGACUACGCCCAUCUGGAAUGCCGCGUUGAGCCGAUCAACGAUCCGAACCUGAAGAUUGAAUGGUUCAUCAAUGGCAAGGCCAUCCGAGCAGGACAUCGCUUCCGUACGACCCAUGACUUUGGAUACGUUGCGUUGGAUAUUCUGUACGUCUACGGAGAGGACAGCGGUACCUACAUGUGCAAGGCCACCAAUUUGGUUGGAGAAGCCGUCAGUACUUGCAACAUUCGUGUGGUUAACAAGCGUAGCAUCAUCUUCGAUUCUCAACAUCCAGAUGGUUUGGAAAAGAUUCAGAAGCUGGAAGCCCAAGCACGUCCGUCGCGUCUGGAGCAUGAAGAACCUGAUGUCACUGCUCCACGUUUCGUUACUGAGCUUAGAGGCACAACUGAGAUUCACGAAGGCCAAACUGCUCACUUUGAAGCUCAAGUUGAACCGAUCCAUGAUCCGAAUCUACGUAUCGAGUUCUACCACAACGGAAAGCCACUGCAAUCUGCAGCGAGAUUCCACAUUACUUUCGACUUCGGAUAUGUUGCGCUUGAUAUUCAACAUUGCGUUGCCGAAGAUGCUGGAGAGUACACGGUUAAGGCCAUCAACGCCAAGGGACAGUGUAAGUCUUCGAUCAACAUGCGAGUUACCGCCAAGGGAACGAUCAUUACAGAUACUCAACAUCCCGAGGGUCUGGACAAAAUCAAGCAGCUUGAAGGAGCAGCUCCGUUCAAGCGUCCGGAGAUUCAGGAUGCCGUUACUAAGCAGCGUCCAGUGUUCACUCAGCCUCUGCAGAACAUUGACUUCAUCGCUGAGGGACAAACCGCUCACUUCGAGUGCCGCUUGAUUCCGGUUGGUGAUCCGAACCUCAAGGUCGAAUGGUACAGAAACGAAAAACCGUUGGAGGAUAGCUCUCGUAUUACCAAGCAACACGACUUCGGAUUCGUUUCGAUGGAUCUUACUCACGUUCGUGAAGAAGACGAGGGUGUGUACAUGUGCCGUGCUAUCAAUCCUCUGGGUGAGGCCGUCACUACCGCUUCGAUGAGAAUCCGUACGAAGGCCAGUAUCCAAAUGGACUCGCAGCAUCCGGAAGGCAUGAAGAAGAUUAUCCAACUUGAACAACCACAUGCAGCUCGUCCCGAGGAACAAGAAGCUGGGUUCGAGAAGCCAAUCUUCACGCAGCUGUUGACUGGACCAUCCGAAUUGUGGGAAGGUCAACAUGCUCACUUCGAGGCUCGCGUAGUGCCAGUUGGUGACGCUAGUAUGAAGUACGAAUGGUAUGUGAAUGGCGUUGAACUCAAGCUUGGAUCAAGAUUCCGCACUACCAAUGAUUUCGGAUUCGUCACUCUGGAUAUCAAUUCGGUUGUGUCUGAGGACUCUGGUGUUUACAUGUGCAAGGCUAUCAACAAGGCUGGAGAAGCCGUAUCUUCGACCAUGAUGAAGAUUAAGUCGAAGUCAUCGAUUGCUGGCGAACCACUGCUUCCGGAAGCUUGGGAGAAGAUUCAGCUCAAGGAAGCAGCAAUGAACCGCGUCCCAGACAUGUUUGUCGACACAACUCCGCAGCAGGCUCCAGUCUUCACCACGCACUUGGAAAGCCACGACAAACUUCAGGAAGGUCAACACGUAUACUUGGAAGCUCAAGUCGAGCCUCGUGCCGAUCCUAACCUCCGAAUUGAAUGGUUCAAGAACGGUAUGGCGAUCACUACUGGAGCGAGAAUUCGCAGCACCUUCGAUUUUGGUCUGGUUACUCUGUCAAUCAAUGGACUUCGCGCCGAUGACUCAGCUAUCUACACAUGCAAGGCUAUCAACAAUCAUGGUGAAGCCGUUUCCACUGCUACGUUGAAGAUUGAAGGCAGCCACUGGCUCUUGGGAGAUACGAUGCACCCAGCUUCCGUUCAAAGGAUUAGUGAUUUGGAAGCACCUCGUGCAGCUUACAAGGGAACUCCUGAGCCACAGUUCGAAUCCCCAGUCUUUGUUACUCAUUUGAACAACGUGGAAUGCAAGGAAGGAGCUAAUGUUCACUUCGAAUGUAACGUGGAACCAUCAAAGGACCCGACUAUGCAGAUUGAAUGGUUUGUCAACGGCAAACCACUGCCAACUGGUUCCCGUUUCAAGACCACUUACGACUUUGGAUUCGUCUCGCUGGACAUCACCGGAGCAUACGCUGAAGAUUCUGGAAUCUAUACUUGCAAGGCUACCAACAACAAGGGAUCUGCAUCGACAUCUGGAUCGUUGAGAUGCACAAGCACUACAACCAUGUAUUUGGAUACUCAACAUCCGAUGGGCAAGGCAGGUCUGGAAGCCGUUCAAGAUACGGAAGCUGCUCUGGCAAACCGUUACAAGCGACAAGAUUCAAAGCCGGAAGGUGAUUACCCAGCACCGAAGUGGACCGUUGAGCUUCAGUCCGAGUUCAGACUCAAUGAAGCAGAAUCUCUGCAUCUCGAGGGACAGGUUGAACCAAAGGAUGAUCCUAACCUCAAGAUCGAAUGGUACUUCAAUGGAAAGGUUUUGCAACAUGGAUCACGCUUCAAGAUGACCAACGACUUUGGAUUUGUUACGCUUGAUUUGACGGAAGUUUACGAACGUGAUCAAGGUACCUACACAUGCAAGGCCUACAACUAUUCUGGAGAAGCCUUUACUUCAUCUACCGUGUACUGCGUAACCAAGGAAAGCCUCAUUGAACGUACUCAGCAUCCGAAGGGCACUGAGGGCUUGGAGAAGAUUCAGAACCUCGAAGAAUCCCUACGCAGACAUGAGGCCGCCCAGAUCGAAGCUGAAGGAGGCCAUGCUCCGAGAUUUACUUCCGAGUUUGUUGCCGUCGCCAAUGUUGAAGGAGAAAUUGCUCAUUUCGAUGCUACGUUGAUUCCAACUGGCGAUCAGACCAUGGUCAUUGAAUGGUUCUACAACGGAAAGACCUUGGAAGCAAGUCACCGUGUGCGUACCGUUUAUGCCUUUGGCAUGGUUGUGCUCGAGAUUCUGGGAACCAAGAUCGAAGAUUCUGGAACUUACAGUUGCCGUGCCACCAACAAAUGGGGAACAGCUGAAAUCAGCGUCCAUCUUGAAUGCGUCGAUAAAUCCGCCGGACAGAAGCCACGCUUUACUACUCAGAUUCAGAACUUGGAAGGCCUUAAGGAUGGCCAAUCGGCUCACUUCGAGUGCACUUUGGUCCCAGUUAACGAUCCAGAUCUGAAGGUCGAAUGGUUCCACAAUGGCAAGCCACUGCGUCAUUCCAACCGUAUCAAGCCUGUUUCCGACUUCGGAUAUGUGUUGUUGGACAUUGCCUACGUUCAGAGCCACGAUUCUGGCGAAUACGUCUGCAAGGCGUCGAACAAAUAUGGCGAAGAUACGACACGUGCUAUACUCAAAUGCUUCGGAAAGGGAGGAGUCUACUUGGAAUCGCUGCAACCCGAUUCAUUGGCUAGAAUCCGAGAGCUGGAGAGCCAGGCGGGAAUGAAGCCAACCGCUGCCGGAUCGCCAGUUGGAGAAGCUCCACGGUUCAUUACCAAGAUCUCCGACAUUACCAAGCUGGUUGAGGGACAGAGUGCCCACUUUGAGGCUAGACUCACUCCAGUUACGGAUCCAGAUCUGGUCGUCGAAUGGUACUGGAAUGGACAGAAGCUACCACAUGGUCACCGUUAUCGCACGUUCCACGACUUUGGAAUUGUUAUCCUGGAUAUUCUGUACUGCUACGAAGAAAACUCGGGUGAAUUUGAGUGCCGUGCCACGAACAAAUAUGGAUCGGAUAGCACCAAGGCUACGCUAAAGUGCGUCUCCAAGGCAAAUCUUAUCCUAGAUUCCCAACUGCCUCAUGGAAUGGAAGGCGGAUUGGAGAAGAUUCAAACUCUGGAAGACUCGCUGGUCCGUACUCGCGAUGAACGUGAACGCGUCGAAGGCGGUCGUGCUCCAGUGUUCACCGUGCCUCUGUCGAACAUUGACAGCUUGCGUGAAGGAGAAAGUGCUCACUUUGAGGGCAAGCUUACUCCAACCGACGAUCCGAGACUUAAGGUGGAAUGGUUCUGGAAUGGUAAGCCACUCAAGACCGGAUCGCGAUUCCGUACGUUCUGUGACUUCGGAUUCGUCAUUUUGGAAAUCUCGCCUGUAUAUCCAGAGGACUCUGGAGAAUACUCGUGCCGUGCUUCUAAUGAAUACGGUGAAGCUGUUACUACUGCAACGAUGAAGGUUCAAGGCAAGCGUAGUAUCAUUCUGGAGUCCCAGUUGCCGAAGGGUAUGGAAGGCACCAUUGAACGUAUCGCGGAAUUGGAAGGACUUGGCAUUCCUCAUGGAGGUCUUACCCCUGAUGACGAUUCUGGCAAACCUCCAGAGUUCAUCACUACGCCAUCGGAUCAAACUCUAACCGAGAACUCGUUGGCUCACUUCGAGUGCCGCCUGACUCCAAUCAACGACCCAAGCAUGCGUGUAGAAUGGUAUCACAACGGCAAGGCCUUGUGGGCUGGAUCUCGCAUCAAGACUAUCAACGACUUUGGAUUUGUCAUUCUGGAAAUUGCUGGAUGCUACCAGCGAGAUUCGGGAUUGUACACUUGCAAGGCUACCAACAGUCAUGGAGAGGCUACCGUUUCGUGUAAGUUGACGGUACGUGGUCGUCAAGGCAUCAUCAUGGAACCACAAUUGCCAUCGAACUUCCGUACUGGAACGGAAAGCAUCCAGAAACUGGAAGAACAGUUGCACAAACGCGAAGAAAUGAUGGCCGAAGAAGAUGAAGCUCGUCCACCGAAGUUCAUUGUUGAGAUCAAGGAUAACAAUGACGUAGCGGAAGGCGGACCAGUACACUUCGAUUGCCGCGUUGAACCGGUUGGAGAUUCGUCGAUGAGAAUCGAAUGGUUCCACAAUGGACGUCCGUUUGCUACUGGAUCGCGUGUGCACAUGCUGAACGACUUCGGAUUCAUCGCUCUGGACAUGGAUUAUGCCUACGUGAGGGAUUCUGGAGUAUACGAGUGCCGUGCUACGAACAAAUGGGGCACUGCUUCAACCACUGCUAAGGUCACUGUAGUGUCCCGAGGUGGAAUCAUUUUGGAUUCGCAGCUGCCGGAAGGUAUGACUGCUUCUAAACUGAAGGAACUGGAACGCGCAAAGGUUACCCUGGCUACCCAGGAAGAACGUACCUUCGGUCCGCCGAAAUUCGUUUCGCAGAUUCAGUCUACCACGAUCGAUGAAGGAGAAACGGUUCGCUUCGAAUGCCGUGUUGAACCUAAGGAAGAUCCUAAGUUGCGUGUUGAAUGGUUCCGCAAUGGAAAGCCACUGCCUAGCGGUCAUCGUUACAGAACUAUCUACGACAUGGGCUUCGUAUCUUUGGACAUCCUGUCGGUCUACAUCGAAGAUGCCGGAGAUUACGUGUGCCGUGCGUUCAACGAGCAUGGUGAAGACGUUACCAAGGCCCACGUGAGCUGCAAGAAGCUUCCUUCGAUUGUGCUGCAGAACCAGAUUCCGAAGGGAAUGCAAAAGUCGGAAACGCUGAUGCAGAUGGAAGCCACGAUCAAGAAGUACACCGAAGAGAUCUUCCUCACCGAGGAUGAUCUGUUCGACCCGGAUCGUAAGCAGCCACCUCGUUUCGUGACGCAGAUCAAGGAUCAGACCAGCUUGACCGAGAUGCAGGCCACCAAGUUCGAGUGCCAGUUGGCCCCGGUCGGUGAUCCGAACAUGAAGGUGGAGUGGUUCUACAAUGGCAAACCGUUGCCGUAUAAGAACCGCUUCACACCGAUCUACGACUUUGGCUACGUGGCGAUGAACUUCGGAUGGAUCUACCCGGAGGACAGCGGCGAAUAUCUGUGCCGUGCCACCAAUCUGUACGGUAUGGAUGAAACCAGAGCCAUCAUCAAGACCACGGGCAAGCCAGGUAUCAUCUACGAUUCUCAGCUGCCAAAGGGCAUGAAGAGUAUCCAGAAGAUUCGCGAGAUGGAAGCGUUGUGGAACUUGAAUAUUCCAGAAGUGAUCGACGAAUCGCAGAAGCCGAAGAAGGAACCAGCAUUUGUCAGCAAGCCGGAGUCUAUCGAAGUCGAGGAAGGUGAAUGGGCGCGCUUCUGUUGCCGUGUUACCGGUCAUCCGAAGCCAAGAGUUAUGUGGCUCAUCAAUGGACACACUGUUGUCAAUGGUCAACGCUACAAACUUACGUACGAUGGUAUGUACCACUUCGAUAUACCGAAGACUCGUCAGUACGAUACCGGCAAAAUUGAAGUCAUCGCUCGCAGCUCCGUUGGCGAGGCUGUCGCCAGGUGUGAAUUGAAGAUUACUCCGCGUCGUGACGAUUACCGUGGAGUGUUGAAGAACUCUCCAAGACGUAAGUACUUGCUAAUACGAAAACACACCUACAUCUAGGUUCUCAAAAAACUUCUCUACUAUCUCACUCACACCACUGCAAUAAAAAAAAAGAGAAUCAACGAUAUCAGACAAUAUCGCAAAACAAAUGAGCUUUACUUUCGGAGUUAUCUCUCUAUGAAGAGUUUGAUUUAAUACACACUAACACGACACGCUUCACUUUUGGAGAAUACUAAACAUAUUUGAGUAAUGGCACUGAAUCACAUCAACCCAUAUCCACACCGAUCAAUACCAUCCCGAGCCAUUCGGGAAAUACACCGCUGUAAAAUAGUACAUCCACACACCAACCUCCCCAUCCCUAAAUCCCUCAAAAUAUCCCAAUCCCGUAAACAACUGCUUGAACUUCACUGAGAGUAUCUGGGAGCUGCUUCAACCGCAACCUGGGAGAUGCUGUUCAUCGGGGUGGACAACAUGGAAUUCACCUCCGCACUGCAGACUAAGUAUGGACUUUUCGGAUCCUUGUCGUGCGUAGCUGUACUCUAAUGGCCGUGAAAACGACUUUUCCGGGUCUACUUCGUAUUCCUCUACGUCAUUUCUGUUCGAAUAUUGGUUGCUACCAUCUCAGUAGUUGUAUAGUGCUUCUGUAAAUAAUCUUUCUAAACACUUUAGCAAUCUUAUAUGUGAUUCUGCUUAGCCAUCCUCGCAUGGUGAGUAUUCUAGAUGCGAUGGCUAAGCUUCGCCAGCUGUCUUUCUUGUACAUGUUGUUUGAUUUUGCCACUGUAAAUAAUACGUUAACUGUUAACUGUAAUGCUCUUGCAAGGCAUGCAAACUUUUCAGCGGGUCUAUCCAGGUAUUCACAGAGUCUCCGAACUCUCUGUUAACUUCGUAACAUAACAUACCCUAACGAACCUUCAAGUGUUCUAUUGCUCUCUAUUAUUGGGCGGAGAUA